AUGGCAUCCGACCCAAUAUUCUUUGAGUUGAGCUGGUCAAUUCUCAGUACCAUCGGGGCAUGCAACGUCUUUUUCGGGCUUCUGGUCAUCAGCGUCACCAACCUGUCCCCGAUCGCCGCCGUUCCCCUCGUAACCUCGACCGCCUGCGCCAUCGCAAAUGGCCUUUGCUUCUACGCGUUUUACUUGCCAACCGUCCCGAGCAUGAACCGCGCGGUCGCUUCGGCCUUUGCGGACAUGGCAUGGAUGAUCCAAGAAGCAGGAAUGUCGCUGUAUAGCUAUGUGAUAUUAAGUCGCAUUCUACGGGAUAGGCAGUGGUACGUAUACGCGGGCCUGUUCUGGACGACCAUGGUGGCCAUCGUCGUGGUUCGCAUCAACAUCGCCGUUACUCGGGUCAUGUACAUCAACAGCCAGAACGCGGCGCUCCAAAGGACCGUCAACUACCUUCAUAUGGCCUACUUCCCCUUUAUAGCCAUUCUCGAAUCCGUCAACGCAUUCUACCUUCUGAGGACUUUUACCCACGCCCAGAUGUCCUGCCUCAGGAGGCAGAGCAAGGCGAGCCUGCUACGGUACCUGAUGCGCAGCACCGAGGUCCGCCUGGCGCUCCUUGCCCUCGUCGGCAUUAUGCGCGCCGUCACCUACUGGUUUCAAGACAGGGCCCAGAGAGCGACCAACCUGGCCAGCCAAGUCGACCGCUUCUGCUACACGAUGGAGUGUCUCUUUCCCAUCAUUAUGUAG